GGAGAGACUGUCCCGUGUUGAGCACUACAAGUAUGUCGGCCACGAGUCAGUUUGCCGAAGUCCAGUUCGAAAGGAGUGAGGCUGUGAGGCUCAAGAACGUCAAGACGGAACACUACGUGUGCGUGCGCUCCGUGGGGUCGAAACACAGUCUGGAGGCAAAGCCGCUGCACCUGCUUGAGGACGACGAGGUUACAUUCAAAUUUUAUUUCUAUAGAACAGCUGACAUUGAAGACACCCAGCUUGUUCUACCAAGACAUGAAGCUACCCAGAAAUAUAUUAGCAUGGACAAGAAAUACAGACUAAAUCUUAAAGAUGAUCCAUAUGAGACGCCCCGUUCUCCUGAGGAAUUAAAGGAAGCUGACGACAGGUUCUUCUACAUAAAAUUUCCUGAAGGGGACGCCACAAGGAUAUUGUUAGAGGGAAUGAACGGUUUACGGAAGAGAAACUAUUUUUUGGCUGCCGGAGAAAAUUUAAAGAGUGUUGUUGUGAAAAUGCAUGAAGGGGAUGUGUAUACAGAAGACAUCAUGUUUUUCUAUGAAAAGGUCACUGAUAAUCAUAUUAACUCUGUUUAAUUGUUCAGUUACUGCAGAGAUUGAAAAUACCGUUUCAGUUAUAGGGUUCCUUUUAUUUAGAACACGGCCGGUUUCGGGCUCUUAUAUGCCCCGUAUAAAGUGUUAUACUGUGAAUAAACAAGAGACUUGAGAUAAUUAUAGCUUUUACACGUAGUAGUACACAUAAAAAAAGGAAAACGAAGUUGCAUAUAACAUUUUGGAAACCAGCAGUCGGAUUAGGUCCUGUAAAACAUAAGUGAAUGGGAAGUGACACCAGACAACACUACAGACGACUGCCAGGGUAUAGAAAUAUGCAAUGAACACCAGGACACUUGACACUUCGCACUGCGACCCUGAGCGCCGCGGAAGACGAAUACGGGAAUCAGAGUAGCGGGGGAAGGGGGAGGGGGGGGGUGAACCAGAAUCGCAAAAGUACUGCCAUCUGUUGACAGGAAGUAGAAAGCGGGGCCACUAGCCCGACCGUUCACAAUUUGAAUUAGUAAUUCAGAUUCAAAGUGACAAAAAAAAUCAUUACAUAGAAUGUUAGAUGAAAAACGUUUAAAGUACAUUAUGAGUGGUAAAUAAACAUACUGAACUGGGCAGUACAGAACUGUAGUAAAUCCAACUAGAAUCCAGCGACAUAAAAUUUAUGUAAAAACUGUAAAACACAAUGAAAAUUUUUCCCUUUCCACGAGUGGCAUUCAAGUUUCCCGCUCCCUCCCUCUGUCUUUUUCCUGGGCUCCCUCUCCCCACUUCCCAUCCUGUGUUUUCCCUGCCUACCAUCUCUAUGACUCCCUUCUCUCCUGCAAGUCCUUUUGCUUCCCCUCCACUGCCUUCUCCAUCCUUCUCGCGUCCGCCCUGCCACCCUUUUUCUGUGUCCUCUCCUUCCAUUCGCUCCCCCCCUUUUCCUCCGCUCCCCCCUUUUUCCCCCUCAUCGGUCCAGGACCUUCCCCCCGCCCCCGUCUGCCACCGUGUCGCCUAUAGUGCUGUUUUCAGCGAAUGUUCCGUGCUGUGCAUCCCCUGUCAGUGUUGUGAACAACCAACAUACUGUCGCUAAUUGUGUUUUUUAUCUAGUGCGAACAGAAACCAGACUGUCGUCGUGUUAUUUUUUUUUAAUUGUGCCUAUCUACUUAUUGUGUGUCUUCAUCCGCAUCGUCAACGCCGUGUUUUUUAUAUUUUAAAUUCCACAACUUUGCACCAUUACAGUUUUUUACAAUGUCACUGCUUUAUCACCUGUUUUUAUUGUUUGUUUAUAUUCUCAUUAUGUUUUUCAACUUUUCUGUUUACUGUAGGGCAGCUUAUUAUGCUGCUGCCAGCCCUCCACCCGCCCCCCCCCCCCCCUGGGGUAGGGGGGGGAACCGAUUUGCAAUAAAGAAAGGAAAAAAACAUGCAAGUUUUUAAUUUAAUGGAGAUAUAUAGGUGACGUGGAACAACACGCCACAGUCAUGAGUUAAAAUAACAUGAACAUGUGCCAUUUCUAUUAAAAACCAUCUCGCCACUGUACAAAAUGGAAGGUAGCAAAACCUUACAGUCGACACUGUCAAAACCUACUAUGACAACUAAUAGCUAGCAGCAAUAGCACUAAAGGGACACAUUAAAAUCUGCUAACUAAAAGUCGAGGACUAAACGAGGCUUACAUAAGAUAAGACGUGAGACAAAUUUUACAUCAUGAAAGACAGGUAAAUUUUAAAUUAGUGAGGAUACACAUAAUGACGCACAACAAUGCACUGUAGUCAUACGAUAAAAAAUGAAAAAUACGCAAACUCCUAUUAAAAGGGGACAUUUUACAGCUACGGUAUGUAAAAUAAUGUGGGUGGACCUUGCAGACCUCGCUAUAGGAGACAUGUAUAUGCUGUACAUUCGCUAAUCCUAAUUAAGGGCUACCAAAGUAAUGGUUUCUAAAAUGUUAUAUGGAAUUCAUUUUUGCUUUUUUAUGUAUACUUCUGCGCGUAAAAACUAUUAUUAGCUCCUGUCUCUUGUUUAUUUUCAGUAUAACACAUAUAACAACUGAAGCGGUAUUUUCAAACUCUGCUGCAAUGCUCCAUUGCAGAUGUUCCUCUGACAGGAAUGUUUGUGCUUCGUUACUGUUAUUGUAUCAUUUGGAAGAUGUAUUAUGUGUUGUAGUUACAUGAUUCAAAAUAUAGCAGUACACACUUUUAAAUAAAUAAUACUGACACUAAAACAAGAAUGUUGAACUACAAUAUAUAACAUGUGAAUAAUACAUGUGAGUAAUGAAGAGAAAUUUAUUAAACUUUGUAACAGUUCACUUCAUGUGCUGUUGAUAGAUUUUGCUUUACUAAAGAAUAAUGCAAACAGAUAAUUUUAAAAUUACAGAGAAAUUUUUCAUGCAAUAUUGUUUCAAUGUUGAACACUGAGAUAAUGUUGAUCAAAGGAGUACUGGAAAG